AUGUAAAUAUUGAUGAUUUAUAUUGCAACUGUUGCAUUCACAAUAGACAGUAAAAUAUAUGCAUAGGCAACACUUUUCAUUCAUUUGGCAGCACUAGGAAUAUAAAUAAAGCAAGUGGGACAAUAAAUUGUAAACUUUCUGCACUAAAUAUGCCUAACAUAUCCGCCCACCAUAUAGAUGGACUUCGGGACCUCUUAAUAAACAAUGAGAACACACCUAUUCUACUUAAACUGGUCAAGAACAUUUCGAAAAAUAUGUGCCUCAUUGAACCAGAAGCCGCCUUGACUUUCGUCGUCGAGCAAGUGGGGGACGUUCACAAGCUGCUGAGUAAAAAGCACAUCUCGAAAAAUCUUUUAUUGAAGUACCUGCAGGCACGACAUCCCGGAACAGCGACAGAUUUUACAAAAAGCGAUCUUAUUAUGCGCGUGAUUGAAUAUUGGGAUAUGGACAAGAAAAGCGAUAACAAUGGGGCAAAUGAGACGGAACAAUUCCCCAUUAAUUUGUUCGCGAAGCAAUUUUCUGAAUGGUUUUAUAAUAACCUUAACCAGACCCAAAUUCAACUGUCAGAUUUUUGGAUAGAUGGAGCGCUACAGCUCCGCAUUAUAGCUGAUGAUGAAGUGCAAGAUGUUGAAUGCUCAAGUAGCGUCGACGUGCUGAAUACACUUGUCAAUACGAAAGAAAAGUUUUCCUUUAUUUUUAAUCUAAACCUGACAAGCGAUGGUGUUCAGGGUCGAAUUGACCCAUACGGUCUAGUCAUUGUGCUUUCGUGUGGCACUCUACACACAGUCAAUCAAUGUGUGGGCGUAUUUGAGUCCCUCUUCGGACUGCUGCGCGAUCCUUUCGGCGACAACAAUUGGAAGAUAAAAAAAUUAAAGCUGCUGUUACGUAGCCAAAACGCAGCCCAUAGGCACACCUUAGGUGCCAGCAGUAGUUUAAUGGAUGCUUUACAGCUGCCUGUGUCCAAUGAAGCUGUGGAUUACUGAAGCCAUCGAUACCUAAUAGAUAUUUUCCAUUGUUUACUCUUUCGGUGUAUAUUGGUCGAGGCUAUGUAGUAUAUGAUUAUAAGACUGUUUAACAAUACACAUUCAUUUUGUACCUGCAGCAACCCUAAAUAAAAUCUGAUCUCGUUAUA